AUGGCCCCGCGCUCUGCUUUCAGCCGGGAUCGUUCUUACAUGAGAUUAACAGAGAAGGAAGACGAAACGUUGCCCAUAGAUAUAGUUCUUCAAACUCUGUUAGCCUUUGCAGUUACCUGCUAUGGGAUAGUACAUAUCGCAGGAGAAUUUAAAGACAUGGAUGCCACUUCAGAACUAAAAAAUAAGACGUUUGACACAUUAAGGAACCAUCCAUCUUUUUAUGUAUUUAAUCAUCGUGGUAGAGUAUUGUUCCAGUCCCCAGACACAGUGAAUUCUUCUUCAAACCAAGAUGCUUUGUCAUCCAGCUCGUCACUGAAAUUUCGAAAACUUGAACCUCUGCGCCGCUAAGACUUUUACAGAUUAUUAUAAUAAUCCAGGACACUGAGAUGUAAUAUUGAAGUCGGGGAUGUAAACACUUUUUUAAUUUCUGGAGCAGUAUUUAUAUUGAUCUUCCAGACUUUAUAAAGUAUAUAUAUAUAUAAA